UCAUAAAGCACAAGAAUAAUAUCGGUUAUGAAUUCGAUAUAAAAAUAAUAGAAAUUAAGUAGAAAACUAUGUUUAUGUUGACCUUCUUUCAUACGAAUAGUUGGAUGGUCUCUUAGAAACUAAAUAUAAGACUGAAGACUACGGUAACUUCAUACAAAGAUGGACGACCGACGGAACGGCUUCCAUAGGUUGCGAACUGACUGGAAAAAUUAUCGAGAAUAUGAGCAUGUUAUCCGAAUUCUUUUACAAUCCACAAACUUCGUUUAAGGGCAUGAAACUCGAUGCAAAAUAUAGCAACGAGAGGGUCACUGGAGUUUGCUCAUUAGUUAACGACAACUUCGACUCGAACUUGAAUCUUUAUGGUGGAGUUGUUAUGAGGAUCAAGGAGAUCUUCCUAGGUUACCAAUGUGGUUACAAGACAGCUACCAAAGAGUUGACGAAGAACGACAUCGGAGUAGCCUUUGGCCUUCAGGACAUUUUCUUCCAUUUCAGAUGCAAUUCGAUACCACGCGAAUUUGGUUGUUCUAUCUUGUAUAAAGUUAAUUCCGAUUGGGACAUCGCGAUGAAUGGAAUAUCGUCGAAUAGCGAGAAUUGGAAUGAGUGGAUGAUUGGUAUAGCAGCGAAAUACAUACUAGAUGAAAAUUCGGUCCUACGAUUCAAGAUAAACAGUGCUAUGCAAUUCGGUACGAGCCUACAGCAAAAGUUGAACGAGAGCACGACGGUCUCAUUGUCAUUUUGUUUGGAUUGCAUGGAUAUUACUAAAGGCAAUCAUAAAGUCGGCUUGGCGAUCGACAUCGAAGCUUGAGAGGAUGAGAACGUUAUUGAAUACUUUAAGAUAUGAUUUUAUUAUCAUGGUCACAGUCAGUCAUCAUUAUUUUUUUUUCGUCUCGAAUUUUCGCGUCAUUUUUCUGGCGCGUAAUACGAACGUAUUGCUUGUAAUAAUACAAUAAUAAUGAUGUUAUUUAUAAUAAUAUUUUUUAUAGAUAUUCUGUUCUUAUUAAGAACGAAGACGAAUAUCUUUUUCAAUGAAUGAGCGAAUAAAUGAACGAAUGAAAUUAUAUUUAUUACUUAACAACAUAUUUAUGUAAAUUAAU